AUGAUUCAAGUAUUAGUUUCGAAUCCUGUGCCAGGAAAACCAGAGUUCGAGGAGUUACUUGACCAGCUCACGGCACCUGUUUAUGAUGUUCCAAAUUUAUCCAGACAAGGCCUUCCAAGUCGAUCUCUGCUGCCACCGGUGUCGUUGCAGCAGCUAGUGGAGACAUGGAAAAGGCGCGAUCCCUGGCGGAGAAAUUGGCGGAUCAACUGCAGAAUGAAACGUCAACCGAUGCAAUCCGUUUGUUCAGUGUUCAUGCGCUGGGUGAACUUGGGCGCCGUUGUCCCAAAGUCUACGAAAAUAGCAGUCUUGAACCUCAACCAAAAGGCGAUACCUGCUUCUACACGCGCUCAAAGUUCUCGUAUCAGUGAAAUUUGGCCAGUCCUUGUUGACCAUGCAGAUGGAAAUGAAGAAGGGACUAGAAAUGUUGUUGCUGAAUGUCUUGGCAAGCUAAGCGUGAUCGAUCCUCAUGGUCUUCUGCCGGAAUUGAAGAGCUUGGUGACUUCGCCUUCUGCCCGAGUGCGUUCUGCCGCCGUGACAGCGGUGAAGUUCAUGAUAUCGGACGAGAAACGACCCGUUGAUGCUGUUCUCCAACAGUGCAUAGGCGAAUUCCUGCAAACUAUGACGGAUUCCGAUCUCAAUGUUCGCCGCGUUGCUCUCAUUCGCAACCUGCUGGAUGUACUGUUGCCAUCCGUUUACUCGGAAACACAAGUGCGAAAGGAAUUAAUCCGAGAAGUUGAAAUGGGGCCGUUUAAACACCAGGUCGAUGACGGUCUGGAUCUUCGCAAAUCUGCCUUCGAGUGUAUGUACACGUUACUGGAAAGUUGUCUGGAAAAGUUGGAGAUAUUCGAGUUUAUCAAUUAUGUUGAAAACGGACUAAGGGAUAUGCAUCAUGACAUCCGUCUGUUGAGUUACCUUAUGCUAAUGAAGUUGGCAAUACUUUGUCCUAACCAGCUGGUACAACGCUUGGAUAAGAUAUGCGAGUCCUUGAAGACUCAACUCCAAACAAAACCAAAGUCCAAUGCUGUCAAACAGGAAAUCGAUAAGCAAGACGAACUCAAGCGAGCCGUCAUCCGAGUUGUUCUGGCUCUUCAGAAAAUACCCGAUGCGGAACGCCAUCAGCAGCUGGUUGAUGUGGCGGCCAUGAUGCGAGCGUCUCCAGAACUUCGUGCCCUCACCGAAGUCGUUCAACGAGACGCUUUGAGAACGUUUGCAGUUGGAGAUGUUCCUAUGGAUACCAUCUAG